AUGCAAGAAGUUGUUAAUAUUAGUGUUGAUCUAUUUAUUCAAAUGAAACUUGCUCUAGAAAGGGGUGAAAGAAUAGAAAAUGAAAAAAAAGAGUUAAAGACAACAAUUGAACGUCUAAAUGAAGAAAAAUGUCAGUACACCAAAGAAAUAGAAAAUUUAAAAAAACAGCUUUUUAAAGAAAAAAUAAAUAAAGAAGAUAGUGAGGUUGAACUUGCUAAAAUGAAAGGAGUUAUUUAUAAACUAGAGGGAGAAAAAAAUAUUUUAACGUAUCAAGUUGAUAGUUUAAAGAAUGACAUUUCAUCUUUACAAGUUAAAUUAAAUUAUUUGUUGCAAAACAAAAAAGGAGAAAGAACUGUUUUUCCAUUAAGACAUGAUACUUUAUCUUCUGGUUUAAAUAUUAGUUCUAUUUUACCACCAGAAUAUUCUACAAUGUAA